AUGUCGACUCGCAUCCCUCUUCUUUUUGGGACGAUGACUAUGGGGUUCGAAGGCCUGAACGGGGUGCGGACGUCCAGCGAGAAGGACUGUCAGGAAAUCCUAGACAUCUUCUUCAGUCACGGUCAUACUGAAUUGGACACGGCACGCGUAUAUGCCGAGGGUACCACUGAACAGGUCUUGGCCAAGCUCGAAUUGAAGAAUGCGACGAUCGACACGAAAGUGUACCCUGUCACUCCGGGAGAUCACAGCCCGCAUGCAUUGCGGUCUACUUUCCUCACGUCCCUCAAAUUUCUGAAGCGUGACAAAGUCCGGGUCUUGUAUUUGCACGCUCCCGAUCGCAGUGUACCAUUUGGGGAUACUGUACGAGAGAUCAACAAGCUCUAUACAGAGGGCCGUUUCGAGAUAUUUGGUCUGAGUAACUUUGCAGCUUGGGAGGUUGCAGAAGUUGUCGGGAUCUGCAAAGCAAACGGUUAUGUAUUACCAAAGAUCUACCAGGUGAUGUACAAUGCGAUCACCCGGGAGAUGGAGCCUGAGCUUCUUCCUUGCUGCCGGAAGUAUGGCUUGCGGCUCGUCAGUUACAACCCAUUAGCCGGCGGUCUUUUUGCAGGUAAGGUGCUUUCCACCGAGGAGGUAGCUCCCAAUGGUGGUCGCUUUGACCCGAAGUCGAAGAUGGGCCAGAUGUACCGAGCACGGUACCUUACGGAAGGGUACCUCAAGGCUCUUGAGGUUGUGAAAGCCGCUGCCGACGGACACAGUCUUCGUCUUACAGAGGUCGCCCUUCGUUGGUGCCAACACCAUUCCUUACUGACGCCGGAAGACGGAAUUAUCCUAGGCGCUAGCAGUGCAGCGCAACUAGAGCAAAAUUGCGUUGACUCGGAGAAAGGGCCCCUCCCGCAGGAUGUUGUUGAUGCCCUUGACGAGGCUUGCAGGAUCGUGAAGGCCCACGGAAGUACCCCGUUAUACUGGCGUUGA